AUGAGCUAUUCUAAGACGAAGGCUUUUGGUUUCUUGAAUGAGAAGAUUCUAGCCCGGACUCAGGGUUGGUGUGAGAAAACACUUAGUGGGGGUAGAAAAGAGUUGUUGAUUAAGGUUGUGACGCAGGCAAUUCCAUCCUAUGUAAUGAGUUGUUUUGAACUCCCCAAACAUUUGUGUCAAGAAAUGCAUAGAUUAAUGGCUGGGUUUUGGUGGGGUGAUGCGGAUAAUGGAAGGAAAAUUCACUGGCUAGCAUGGGAGAAAUUAUGUUGCCCUAAGAGUGAAGGUGGAUUGGGUUUUCGGAACAUGCACUUUUUCAAUUUGGCUUUGCUUGCAAAACAAGGCUGGCGUCUUCUAACUCAGCUGGAUUCUAUUAUUGCCAAGCUACUUAAAGCCAAGUAUUUCCCACAUUGUUCUUUUCUAGAGGCUGAAUUGAAAGGUGGUGCAUCCUACUCCUGGCAUAGCAUUAUUUCGGGUCGUGAUGUCCUUAAGUUGGGGCUGAGAUACCAAGUUGGUAGCGGCUGCAAUAUAUCUAUGUGGAACGACCCUUGGGUACCUAUUCCACAUUCUUUCCGGCCUUACUCCCCUAUCAUGGAGGGAAUGGAGAACUUAGUGGUGUCUGAUUUGAUUGAUUUUGAUACAAAGACUUGGGCUAUAGAUUUUAUGAAAGAAUUCUUUACAGAAGGUGAAGUGGAGAGGAUGGCUUCUAUCCCUCUUAGCAGUCGUGGAGUUGAUGAUCGUCUGAUUUGGCAUUACGAUAAGAAAGACAUUUAUCAGGUGCGCAAUGGGUAUCAUGUGUACAAUGCAGAAAUGAGUCACAAGAAUUGGGCAUACUUCUUCUGGUGA